UCUCUCCUUUUCUUGCGCUUUUGAACGCCCCACACGAUCCGCGAAAUUGCCGCUCUCGACAGGUCGGUGGCGCGCGCGAAAUUCUCCGAUGGCUCGCUCGCUCGCUCGAAGAAAAUGGUGGCUGGGAAUCCGGAAGAAGAGAAGAGAGAGGAAAGAAGAAGGGAAAUAAGAGAAGGAAAGAAGAAGGGAAGAGGGAGAGAAGUAUCGUUCUUGAUCGCUGGAUCGAACCAUGGAGAUGAAAAGGAGGCAAUAUGGGGUUUCUUGAGGACCUGUUCCUUGGUUGGGGGAAGGACGCGGAGAUGGAGGACGAGAGCGUCCCCAAUCCCAUCCCUCUCCUCUCUUCCGUUGCCAACUCCGUCGUCUAUCGCUGCUCCAGGAUUCUUCUCCUUUCGAUGGAACAGUUGCAGCAGCAUUUUGAGGCUGAUUUUCCUGACCAUGUUAAGCAACCUUCAACAUAUGCUAGAAAUCUUGUAGAAUACUGUUCUUUCAAAGCUCUCCAUGCGGACACUAAGCGUCCAGAUCAUCUGGCUGAUAAGGAGUUUCGCCGUUUAACUUAUGAUAUGAUGCUUGCAUGGGAAGCCCCUGAUAAAGAGAGUGAAUCCUUACCCAAAGAAACUGCUUUCUGUAACCAUCCAAAAGUAGAAGAUGAUGAUAGGGUAUCAUUAUUUUAUGAAAGCGUUACAAGAAUGGCCAGUCAGGUUGAUGGCAAGAAGACUGUUGGACUGGAAGCUUUUGCCCGUAUAGCUCCUUCCUGCCCUGCUUUAGCUGAUCCAAUCACUGUUCACAACCUUUUUGAUGCACUUACAAUGUCAAGUGGCCGACUUCAUUUUCUUAUAUAUGACAAGUAUCUCAAAAACCUAGACAAGGUGUUGAAAUCUGCAAAAUGUAUGUCAGGACCCCCACAUGCUUCUAGCCUUCACCUUGCUGAUGGGGAACUUAUCUUAGAUGUUGAUGGUGUCAUGCCCACUAAACCUGUUCUGCAACACAUUGGAAUGUCCACAUGGCCUGGACGGUUGACGCUUACCACCCAUGCUCUUUACUUUGAGUCUUCAGGGGUUGGGUCAUAUGCCAAAGCUGUUAAAUAUGACCUGGCCAAGGAUUUGAAGCAGAUGAUCAAGCGUGAAUUGACUGGACCGUGGGGUGCUCGUCUCUUUGAUAAUGCUGUGAUGUAUAAGUCAAACUCACUAGCAGAGCCCAUUUUUUUAGAGUUCCCUCAAAUUAAAGGUCAUGCACGCAGAGAUUACUGGUUUGCAAUCAUACGGGAAGUCUUGCAUGUCCACAAAUUCAUUAGGAAGUUCAAUCUCAAAAAGUUUCAGCAUGCAGAAGCUCUUUCGAAGGCCACUUUAGGCAUCUUCCACUAUCGCACUGUGAAAGAGGCCUUCCAUAUCAUACCCUCACACUUUAAGACAAUACUUGCUUUUAACUUGGCUGAAAAACUUCCAAAAGGAGACAAGAUCUUGAAAGCUUUAUAUAAACACUUGGAGCUUUUGGAUAGCAGAUUUCUGCACCAUGAUGCUGGUCAUGAUGUUGUUGAGACUUCAUCUGAUGAAAAGCCACAGACUGGUUCUUUUCCAGCUUCUUUAUGUACACUUACUAGAAUGGGCAUACUGCUACUGCGUAAAGAAGAUAAUCUUGAAAAAAUAUAUUUUUCAGUUGGUGAUGUGCAUGUUGGUGAGACAAGUCCCCUGCAAAUGGCUGUAAAAGAAUCAGUUUGUUACUCUGGCAGAGUUGAGGCAGCACGUGCAACAUUGGAUCAAGUUAAAGUUGAAGAUAUUGAUACAAACGUAGCUGUAGUGAAGGAAUUAACUUUGCCUUUGGUUGAAUUGGGGAAACGACUCCUGUUUUUAGCAGAAUGGGAAGAUCCUCUUAAAUCAACGGUGUUUUUGUUUUUGAUCCUUUGUGUUGUCUACAGGGGUUGGGUCAGGUACAUCUUGCCUUGCAUUUUCUUAUCUCUUGCUACUUUCAUGCUCUGUCACAAGCAUCGAAACAGAGGGAAACCACUGGAAGCCUUUCAAAUCGAACCUCCUCCUAAUAGGAAUCCUGUUGAGCAGCUUGUGACAUUACAAGAAGUUGUUUCUCAGCUUGAAACAAAUGUUCAAGCAGCAGUUAUUACUCUUCUUAAAAUAAGAGGUAUCCUGUUUGCAGCUUUUCCACAGACUACAAACAAAGUUGCAAUCACUUUGAUCACCACUGCAGUACUGUUCGCCUUCGUGCCUUUUAAACAUAUUGUCUUGUUGGUGCUUCUUGAGGCGUACACAAGGGAGAUGCCAUUGAGGAAAAAUAGCAGUGAGAAGUUGAAAAGGAGAAUGAGGGAGUGGUGGGUCCGCAUUCCAGCAGCCCCGGUUCAGGUUGUCAGAUCCAAUGAGCACAAGAAAUUGAAAUGAUGCAAGUAGCUCGAAGCAUCCGCUUCAGUAACUUGCAAAUGAUUUCUUCCUAAUGUAAGCUAGCUUGCUUGUUCUCUUUAUGGGCUGCUUUCCCUCCUCUCUUUUUGGUCUUGUAUGUGUACUUAGUGGGUCAUGGUUGCUCCAAAUCAAUCAGAGUGGUAUUGUUGUAAGAAUGCCGGUUGAGACAAUGUGCAAAGGUCGGCAUCUUUUGUCUCGUCAAAGUCACAUUUCACAAGAACAUGGACAAAAGGUCUUGUUAAGUUGUGGUAUUCAACGUAAUGAUAUUUAGAAGCAGGGUUUGGGUGAAUCAAGCAAAGAUUACAGAGAGAGCAAAAAUGCAUCAAUGGUUAUGCUUGGCUCUUAUCAUCUUCUCUAAUUAGUCUCCCAAGGUCUUUCUCGAGUUGUGAGCCAACCACACUAGCAUCAAUAAAAAAAUGAGGGUUGUGCACAUCUUGGUAUGUAAAUCAAAUCAUGUUGAGGUUUUAGAAUUCAAAGUGUGGAAGAGAAAUGAAGCAUUAACAACUCAUAAUGACUAUAUUGUUCA